AUGGUCGGUCGAGAUCAUGGGGGCGCUACACAAGUCCCGUGGGAUUCACACGGCAAAGAAGGCCCGUUACAGACAUUAGAUGGUGACACAACCACGACAAGAGUUUUUGACGGAACCGCCACACAGAAAGGCCGCGGGGUUGACACAGAUGAGUCUCACAUCGAGGUAUCUCAACUGCCGCAGUCAACUGAGGUAGCUCUUGCUGCGCUCUCUACCCUCCCCACUCCUCUACUCGUUCUCUCCUCUUUGAAGACGGUUAUUCUUGCAAACUCGGCCGCAGGCCGAUUGCUGGGAGUAGAACAGGAUGGCGGGGAUACCAACGUGACUGAUAUCCUUCGUGGUCAGACUCUGUCGCAAAUUGGAAUAGACAUGGUCUCAGAAGGCAUUCCGAUUUGGGUCAGUUGGGAAAAAUUCCUCGACAAUUUGGCGGACGGUUUCGAAGCGACAAGUAGACAAAACAGCUCUCCCGGAGAGCUCCUCCCCGGCCUUCCAAGUAGAGCCGAUGCUCCUACCGGUUCCCCAGAUGCUCGAAGGGCACAACCCCCUCUCCGCAGCAGAACCAAGAAGAGGCCAGACACUGUGGUUGAUGUUACCAUGUCUUCUCCUAAGAGCGCGCAGCAUCACCGUCGUCAUCCAGACAAGACCGCUCAAGGUCGAAGACAGGCCGUCCGUGCAAGUUGUCGGAUGAUAAUCAGUAUCUGGAGUCUGGAAGGACAACAGUUCUUUACCAUGACUUUCACUAGCCUACCCUCCUCUCACCGUCAUCAUCAUCACAACAAACUCCAUGCUCAGGCACAAUCUGUACAUCGCAAGCCUUCUUCCAACUCAGCAGAAUCAUCGCAAUCCUCUCAGUCCCAGACCCCGACUUCAUCUGCAUCUGGCCCCUCUUCGAAUGCGAACACUCCAUCCGAGAACUCAAGCACUGGCAUGACCUUUCCACCAAAUACUACCCUGGCUCAGUGUGAUCCAUCCUCGGCUCUAACUGACUUCCAGAAGGUUCUCAAAAUGAAGAAUGCUAUGCUAAAUGCCGUGGAGAUGCCCUUGGUCGCCAUGUGGAAGGAUGAAAGCGUUGUUAUCCCCAAUUUGGCUGCGCGCCGAUUGUUAAGCAUUGACGCCGACCCGACUUCUGAUGAUUCCUACGAUUUUCUUUCCAGAUUUAGACCUUGGUCGCCCGAUUUCUCGCAUGAGCUCUCGGAGAACAACAACCCAAUCAUCGCUCUCUGCCGCUCACAGUUACCCUUCACCAAUUGGCAAAUCGGGAUGAUCAACAAACGUACUGAGAAGAAGUCUAUUUUUGACGUAAGUGGUCAUCCAGUGUUUGACGAAAGCACCGGGGAAUUCCUAGCUGGAUUAAUAGCUUUCAAAGACGUCACCUCUUACACCGACAAACUUGCUUCUCAGGCUGCAGAGCAGGAAGACUGGUUUCGCCUCAUAUGUGAUAUGUUGCCGGUUAUUUGCUGGACAACCAGGCCAGACGGGUACAAUGACUACUUCUCAAAAAGAUGGUACGAUUAUACUGGCCUCCAGAAGGCCGACACCGAAGGCUUUGAUUGGCAUGCUCCUUUCCACCCAGACGACAAGGUGGAGGCUUUCCGACUCUGGAAGAAUUCUCUUGAGACGGGUCAGAAAUUCGAGGUCCAGUAUCGUUGCAGAAAAAAGGAUGGUGAAUGGAGAUGGAUGCUCGGGAACGCUCUACCUCUACGCGAUCACACCACUGGUCUAAUUGUCAAAUGGUUCGGUAGCUUGACAGACAUUCAGGACAUCAUCGACGCCAAGGUGGCUCAACAAGAAGCUCGACAAAACUUGGUAGAUGUCCUUAGACACUCACAGAUGAGUGUAUGGAUUGUCGAUCAUCGUGAGACUGUCACAUUUUGGGAAGGAGAUUUCAUGACCGGUCACGACGGAGCAUCCGAGAUUGUGGGAAAGCCCAUUGACCAGGCAUUCCGUCGCUAUGUCAACCAGAAUUCGAUCACUGAGUUUCGAGAGGCGAUACGACGAAUUCUGAGAGGCAGAUCCGACCUCGAGAUUUGUGAAACCGAGCUCAGAUCACGAUGGUUCCGCUCGAAACUAAUCCCACUCAAGGGAUCUGGUGAAGGCCGGGGGGAGAACACUAUCUCGGGAGUCAUUGGCAUUGGGUCAGAGGUUACGCAACUGAGACGGAAAGAGUUAGAAAACAUCAAUCUACUCGCCAACGAGGCCGCCGCAAAGGAAGCGAGUAAAAUGAAAAGUAGCUUCCUGGCCAAUAUGUCUCAUGAAAUCCGCACUCCGAUUGCCGGCGUUCUCGGAAUGUCGGAGUUGCUACUUGAUACCACGUUGGACGAAGAACAGAGCGAGUUUGCUCAAAACAUCCAGCGAUCUGCCAACUCGCUGCUGACUGUAAUCAAUGACAUCCUCGAUUUCUCCAAGAUCGAAUCCGGCAGGCUGGAUGUUGAAGAAGUGCGAUUCAGCUUGAGCGUUGUUCUUCAAGACGUUACCAAGAUGCUAUCUUAUGCUGCCAGGCGAAAGGGUUUAGAUUUUAGUAGCGACAUCGAUCUUGGGCCAGAAGAACGCCUCGUUUUGCUUGGAGAUCCAGGUCGAAUACGGCAGAUCCUCAUGAACCUGUUGACCAAUAGCAUCAAGUUCACAUCCGACGGGUACGUCAAAAUGAGCACGCACAUCAUCGACGAAACUGCAGACACUGCCACUGUCGAGUUCUGCGUCGAAGACAGUGGUAUUGGCAUUGAAGAAGAAGUUAAGAAAAGACUGUUCAAACCCUUCAGCCAAGCAGAUUCGAGCACAGCGAGACGUUUUGGGGGAACCGGCCUCGGUUUGACUAUAUGCAAGAACCUAGUCGAGCUUAUGCACGGAAAGAUCACAUUGGACUCGAAUCUGGACGCAGGCACAAAGGCCACGUUCACUAUUCCCUUUAAAAAGGUGGAAUACAGCGCCAACUCGUCCACGGAUCUGCUUGACGUCGCUCUCAUCCCAGAAAGGUUGCAGUCAGAAUUAUCGCUAUCCUUAACAGGAUCUUCGAGAGAUGAAAGUCGUGCUUUGAGCCAUGCCUCAUCAGCGACAAAGAUGAAGUUACCUUUGAGCCUUUCGGCUCAUGCACGCUCUGGGACUGAUCCUGGAAUAGCGGAAGAAUCCACUGAGGAUAUCGACAGGAGGAAGUUUCAUAUCUUGAUAGUGGAGGAUAACCCGGUGAAUCAACAGAUUGCUCUCAGAUUUAUCAGAGCUCUCAAUUUUUCUGCGAGUGCAGUCUGGAAUGGAAAGGAGGCUCUCGAGUACCUUUUGAAAGCCACGUCUCCCAACCUGACUCCUGAGCAGGCGGAGGAUUACCCAAUUCCGUCGCUGAUCUUCAUGGACGUUCAAAUGCCUGUUCUGGACGGGUAUCAUGCCACACACCUGCUUAGACGCCAUGCUCCUUUCACUACCAUACCAGCCAUCGGUCGCAUUCCCAUUGUGGCAAUGACAGCCUCAGCCAUUCAAGGUGAUAGGGAAAAAUGUGAACGGGCUGGUAUGGAUGAUUACAUGGCAAAACCUGUCAAACGAUCAGCAUUGGAGAAGACUAUAAUUAAAUGGAUAUUAUCAGGUCGUGCUAAUGGCGACAAUCAAACUCGCCCGUCUGAAAAUCGUGUGGGCUCUACGAAACCGGUAUUCACAGGAGCAUCUACAGACCAUUCGUCGACAUGCUCUGAACACGAUAUUAUUGCCAUGGAGCUCUUUGCGCAAUGUAUCCCGCAACCUGAGGCAGUGGAAGCUGCAUCGGCUAACACAGCGGAUGUUGCCCGGGCACGCAGGUCUAGUAUCUCGAGGGUCAUUCUAGAAAGCGAAAUCCCAGGUGGCGAGAGUGAAGGUGACCGUACGCGACGGCGAGCCGACGCAGAGGACAAAGCUCGAUCUCUCCGCGAUGCUAAGCUACUUUUUGCGACUGAGCUUGGUCGCAGCCCAGCCAAUAUCACCCCUCGAGUUGUGCUGAACAACAAGGAGCUGCCAAACGGAACACCACAUUCUCCGGCUAUUGGGGACAGUUUCUCUCGCAUGGCUUUGACCGAGGAGAAUGUCUCUUUAUUAAAUCACACGCAGGAUUUAGAUCCCUCUCAAGUUGAAAACGACUGUUCGGAGAUUGCAGUGGACGACGAAACUUAUACCAUGCCUGAGAUUCCAGGGCCUCCUCCAGGGCUGGCGGCAACUAUUGAUCUUGCACAUCCGGACACCACCACAGCUGCAGCAGUUCAGUCUCUGCUUGAGACGGCUGACAUAUCACCUGUUGUAGAGGUGCUACCGUUGACGGUGGCAAGCUCUGGAGAGGACUCACCGAGGAGAAAUCGAGUCGACUUUGGAGGCUUGACGGCCGAUCGAAGGCAUCUAAGCGAUUGGAGUAGUAGCACGGCGAAGCCAGAUUCGAAAGGCGGGUGA